AUGUCAAAUUUUAGACAUAGUCUGGGUAUUAUAUUCCUUCUUCUCCUCCUUAAUUCAAGCCAAACACUAUGCCAAACUAAAGGAAUCAGUCUGAAGAAGUACACAGGGAAGCGUUUAUCACCUAAUACAACCUAUACCAAAUUUACAAAACAGCAAUUCACGAAAUGGGUCAGGUUUGUUGGGGGCCUCAGACACUCUCUCUUCUCCUCAGCAAAGAACAAAUUCUUCCCUUCUUAUACUCUUAUUGUCCAUAAGAACCCUGCAGCUGGAGAUUUUACAUCGAUUCAAGCCGCCAUCGAUUCACUUCCCUCGACUAAUCUUAUGAGAGUUGUGAUCAAGGUCAAUGCAGGAGUUUAUAUGGAGAAGGUGAAUAUACCAAACUUAAAAUCUUUCAUAACCAUAGAAGGAGCAGGAGCAGAUACAACCAUCAUCCAAUGGGGAGACACAGCUGAAACAAUCGGGCCAAAAGGGGAGCCUCUUGGUACCUUCAAUUCAGCAACUUUUGCUGUGAAUUCCCCUUAUUUCAUAGCAAAAAACAUCACUUUUAAGAACACAGCACCUCUUCCACCACAAGGAGCUGUGGGAAAGCAAGCAGUAGCAUUUAGGAUAUCAGGAGAUACAGCAGCCUUUUGGGGUUGUAGAUUCUUGGGAGCCCAAGAUACACUAUAUGAUCACAUGGGUAGACACUAUUACAAGGAUUGUUAUAUUGAAGGCUCUGUGGAUUUCAUCUUUGGCAAUGGUCUCUCACUUUAUGAGGGGUGUCAUGUGCAUGCAAUAGCUCAGAUCACUGGAGCACUCACAGCACAAAGGAGGGGAAGCCUACUAGAAGACACUGGGUUCUCUUUUCUGAACUGCAAGGUCACAGGGUCAGGAGCUCUCUAUCUUGGUAGGGCAUGGGGUACCUUCUCUAGGGUUGUCUUUGCUUAUACAUAUAUGGACAACAUUAUCAUUCCCGAAGGCUGGUAUGACUGGGGAGACCCCAAAAGGGAAAUAACCGUAUUCUAUGGACAGUACAAGUGCACUGGGCCAGGAGCAGUCACUUCAGGAAGAGUAAAAUGGUCGAGAGAGUUGAGCGAUGAGGAGGCCAAGUCUUUUAUUUCCCUCAGCUUCAUUGACGGAUCUGAGUGGAUCCACCUGUAA